AUGAAAAGCAAAUAUAAUGUGCAGAUUUAUAGAAAAAGAAAAACACAUCUUAGAUUAGACGUGUUACUGUUCUUCUUCUAUGUAGUUUUCUUAAAUUUAAUUUUACAAAAUAAAAAAUUUGAAGCUCAGCCUUCUGAUUAUGAAUAUAUUGAAAAAUCAAAAAAUGAAAUUAAAGAAGAAAAUAUUUUUAAAUUUAAGAAUUCAAUCGACUCUUCUGACCAGUUAAAGCACGAACAAAACAUGAAAGAACAUGAGGAUCAACUUUAUAAUGAAUUAGAAGUAGGGAAAAACGAAAUAAAAGACAGUGUGGAAUUUCCUAAUAAUGAAAAAGGAAGUAGCAAAGAAAAAGCAGAUUAUAAUAAUAGUAAUAAUGGUAAAGAGAAAGAGUUUAAUAAUAAAAAUAGGGAUAAUUCAUUUAAACCUAUAAUAAUAGGUAAAUAUAAUUUAAUAUACAUUUUUUAUAGUGUCGAAUUUGUGAGUUUCCUGUUAUUUAUGUUUUUUCACUUGUUGAUCUUCUUAAUAUCACAAUGGAAUUUAAAUGUUAACUUACUUGUUUGUUAUAUUCAUUUAAAUAAUACUAAUCAGAAUAAAUACAUUUACAAUCUGAAGAAUUUAUGUACACAUGUAUGCAUUAAGCCAUUAACAAAAAAAAAUGAUAAGUCUGGAAUACAUAGCAAAGAACGGUUUAAUACUGAUUAUAAUUUAUACAAACCUAAAUCUGAAUUAGUUGAGUUGAAAAAAGGAAAAAAUGAUAUAUUCAUUUUUUAUAAACAGAAAAAGUAUAUAUUUAAUUAUAAAACCUUAGAUUUCGAAUCUGUUAAACAUUUUGAUAUUUUUAAUUUAUCUUUUUAUUUAAAAUGGAAUGGACUAAUUGAAUUUGAAACGGAUGAUAUAUAUGACGAAAUAAACAUGAGUCACACUUUGAGGGACAUAGAAGAAAGUGUAAACUAUUAUGAGGAUUAUUAUUAUCAUAAUGACUGUGAUGAUAGGAAUGAUGGUGAUAAUGGCAAUGAUGAUACUAAUAACUUAAAUGCCCUUUUUAGCAAAAUAGAUGCUCUAUACUUAGGUAAAAGAAAUGAUAUAGCCAAAUCAGCUAAUAAAAGUAAUAAAAUGUAUAAUGAGCUAGGGCAGGAGGAAGGGGGUAAUAUUCACUCUACAGUUAGGGGAAGGGGGAAAAAAAGUAAGCAAAUACAUACAAACGAGACAUUGAAUAAGUCCCAUGAAUCAAAUUUCCCCCAUGGUGAUAUAAACAAAAACAAGAAAAAAGUGGAAAUUUCUGAAAUAAAGAAUGAUGGGUCUAAUAAUGAUCCUUUUUUUUAUGAUUAUAAAAAAAAAAACUAUUUUGAAAUUCCAUAUGAUAUAUAUGUACAUAAUAAUUUAAGUAAAUACGGAGAGAAUAUAUAUGAUAUUCCAUCUCCUUGCUUUAAAAAAUUAUUGUAUGAAGCCAUGUUGUCUCCAUUCUUCGUUUUUCAAUUUUUUAGUAUUAUAUUAUGGAUGCUUGAUAGCUAUUGGUAUUUUGGAAUUUUCUCAAUUUUUAUUUUAAUAGUUUUAGAGGCACAACUAAUUAAUAAAAGAAUAAGAGAAUUUAAUCUUAUAAAUAGUAUGAAAGUUCCUGCACAAAAUGUAUAUGUGUACAGAAAUUUACAGUGGAAAAUUAUAAAAUCAAAUAUGUUACUACCUGGAGAUAUAUACAUUUUAUCAAAUGAAAUAAGAGGAAGUGAUAAUAUAUGUACAUGUGAGACAUUGCUAUUAGAAGGGGUUUGUAUAACUGAUGAAUCAAUUCUUACAGGUGAAUCCGUACCACUAAUUAAAGCUGCUAUUGAUAAGAAUGUGGAGGAAGAGAAUGAUGUUUGUAUAAAAAAGGGCGGUGAAAAAAAUGGAAAUAGAAUUUCGAUUUUUUCAAAUAAAAUAGAUAUUAAAAACAAACAUAAAAAGCAUAUUGUUUAUGCAGGAUCAAAUAUAUUAUUAACUAAAAAUGAGAAUAAUGAAUUCAAAAAUAAAAAAUUACCUAUCAGUGGUUGUAUAGGAAUUGUUAUAAAAAAUGGAUUUACAACAUAUCAAGGGAAAUUAGUUAGAACAAUUAUUAACACUUCAGAAAAGGUGAAUGCAUCAAGUACCGAUUCUAUUAUUUUUCUUAUUAUAUUAUUAUUAUUUUCUCUAUUCGCAUGUGCUUAUGUGGUAUAUUCUGUAUUAAAAGCCAAUAAAGAAAGAAAUUUAUAUGGACUUCUUUUAUCCGUUUCACAUAUUAUUACAGCAGUUAUAUCCCCAGAAUUUCCUAUAACAUUAUCAUUGGGUGUAACGAUAUCAAUAGUAUAUUUAUACAACUUAAAAAUAUAUUGCACGGAACCAUUCAGAUUACCCUUUUCAGGAAAAUCGAAUAUAUGUGCAUUUGAUAAAACAGGAACACUAACAGAAGACAAUAUGAUUGUUUUAGGUUUAUUUGGUCUAGAUAAUAAUAUUGAAAAGAUAAAUGAUAUAAACAAAUCUAUCAUUAGUAGGCAAAAGGUCCCUUUUUUUUCCGUAGCGGUUAUUGCAGGAUGUCAUUCUCUAUGUACAGUUAAUAAUAAAUUGUUAGGGGAUCCGUUAGAGAAAAACUCUUUCUUAAAAUUGAAAUGUAUGAUGAAGAGCUUGGACAGUACAUAUGUAUACACAAAUAACAAGAACAAUAGUAGUAGUAGUAGUAGUAAUAACAAUAAUAGCAAUGAUUACAAGUCGGUGAAUAGUUUUAGUAAAAAGUUAUUUAGCUUCCAUAAUGAGAAAAAGAAAAGCCCUUGUUUAGAAAAUUUUCAAAUUUAUAAGAGAUUUUUUUUUUCAUCGGAACUCCAGAGGAUGACUUGUAUUGUUCUGCAUGAAGGGUAUGAAGAGGAUUGGUAUGGAGAGGAAUAUGAAGAAUCUUUUACCCCAUGUAAACAUACAACAAAGGUAGAAAGUGAUAAAAUUAUUAAUGAAAAUAUAGCAAUUUUGGAUAAUUUAAAAAAACGAAAGAAGAAAGAUAAUAGCAAAAAUGAACCUACAAAACAGUACUUAGUUUUAAGUAAAGGGUCACCAGAAAUGAUGAAAAAGUUUUUAAAAAAAAUUCCAGAAAAUUAUGAUGAAGUUUUAAAUAGUCUAUCGAUAAGGGGUUAUCGUGUUUUAUGCCUUGCUGCUAAUGUUUUGGAUAAUAAAAUAAUUUCGAAAAAUGUUAGAAGAGAAGAUAUAGAAAAAGAUUUGUUUUUCUGUGGAUUUUUAACCUUUAUUUGUCCAAUUAAAACAUCAACACCUGAAUAUAUAAUUGAUAUAAAAAAUGCAGGAAUCAAGAACAUUAUGAUAACAGGAGAUAAUGCUUUAACUGCAUGCCAAGUGGCUCAAGAUGUGAAUAUUAUUCCAUCUGUAAAAUCUAAAGAUAUCUUAAUUUUAAAGCUAAAAGAAGAUUAUUCUCUUAAUGAUAGGAGAAUUCGUUUGGGUCCUUUAUCCCAAUCCAAUGAAGCCAUUGAACAAAGAAUUACUAAAAGUCUUAAUGAUAAGAUAUCAAAUGAUCUAAUAGGAAGUGAAAUUUUCAGCAAUCAGGACAAAGUAGAUGCAAUAGAAAUGUUAUAUAGCAUUGGUAAAUCAAGCAUGGUUGAAAAAAAUGUUAUCGAAAAAGUAACUAAAAUUAUUGAAAAGAAUAAAAAUGUAAGCAGCAGAAUUUAUUUUAUUGAUAGAGAAAAUAAAAAAAUGUUACCUUUUAUUGAUAAUGAGGAAUAUAUAAAAUUAUGUGAACAUAUUUUUUCCUUAUGUAUAACAGGAGAUAUAAUUGAUUAUUUUCUGAACAAUUAUCAAAAUGAUUUAACAUUAUUUAAUGAGCUUAUAAAGCGAGUGCAUAUAUUUUGUAGAGUAUCCCCUAAACAUAAAGAAAUUAUUAUAAAAACUUUGAACAAAUUGGGGAAUAUUAGCAUUAUGUGUGGUGAUGGAACAAAUGAUAUGGCAGCACUAAAAGCAGCUCAUGUUGGUAUUUCAUUAUUAAGUAUUAAAAUAAGCUAUAAAAACAAGGAGAUAGAUAAUAGCAAUAACAAUAAGCAAUAUAACGCGAACUCUUUGAACACGUAUGAUAAAGGUUACAAUAAUUAUUAUGCUAACAGUGAAAAUCAUUUUAGAAAUCCUUAUAAUAAUUUAUAUGCACCUUAUAACAGUAGUAGUACUACUACUGCAAGCAGUGGUAGUAGUAACAUGAAUGCAAAAUAUUAUGAACAAAUGAAAAAAUAUAAUGAGAGGAAACAAGCAUUAGAAAAUAUGAUGCAAUCCAUAGAUGACUCUUUGCCAUUGAUAAAAUUAGGAGAAGCAAGCAUAGCAUCUCCAUUUACAUAUAAAGGAAAUGAUAUAAAAUGUGUUAAAGAGAUUAUAUGUUGUGGUAGAUGUGCACUAGCAAAAGUUAUAAUGAUGUAUAAAUUAAUGAUUAUAAAUUCAUUGAUUACGGCCUUUUCAGUUUCUAUUUUAACUUUGGAUGGAGUAAAAUUAAGUGAUGCACAAACUACUGUUAUAUCGUUAUUAUACACGUCAUUAAUUGUAUUAAUAUCUAAAACAACUCCUCUUGAAAAUAUUUCAAAUUAUUCUCCUCCAAACUCUUUAUUUAACAUUUCUGUUAUCGCUUCCUUAAUAUGUCAAGUGUUUGUUCAUUUUUUUAUUUUAAUAUAUGGAUGGAAAUUAGCUAGCUCUUAUAGAGAACCUGAUUAUGUUCCGGACUUAAAAGGAGAUAUUGACCCAAAUAUAGUAAAUACUUGUAUUUAUUACCUAAUAUAUUGUAUUAAUUUAUCAAUUUUUUCAAGUAAUUAUGAAGGUUUACCUUUCAUGAUACCACUUCAUAAAAAUAAAGAAAUUAUUUUUAUAUUUAUUUCGAAUAUUAUCUUUUUAUUUUCUCUUGUUCUUAAUAUUUUACCUUUUUUAAAUUAUUUCUUCUCUCUUGUGUCAUUUCCCAAUUUCCACUUGCAACUUGUAUUUUUGUUUUUAAUGAUAUCAGAUAUUGUUGUUCCAUACAUCAUUUGUAAUUUUAUCAGAUAUUUAAGAUUUUAUUCAUUUACAAAAUUUAAUGUUAGAUUGUAA